UUUCUUGGGUUGCUGACAUGCAUUCCUUCAAUGCUUCCUUGGCUCCAGCUGUCAAUUCCUGCAGUGCUGACAAGGGGGGCUGUGAGCAGGAGUGCGUGCAGCUCGAUAAGGACCACUACAAGUGCCAGUGCCAGAUGGGCUACCAGCUGAAGAGGGAUGCCAAGUCCUGUGAAGACCCCUGCACAAGUGGGAAUGGAGGAUGCUCACAAAUCUGUCAAAAUGAGAGAGGAAUUGCAAAGUGUGAGUGUCAUCCAGGGCAUUAUCUUUCUGCAGAAAAAAGUCCUGUUUAGGUAAGAAACUGUGGUCUAGACAUUGAUGAGUGUGCAGAAGAGAGGCCCAGGUGUGCUCAUCGUUGUGUGAACACUCUGGGGUCCUUCACCUGUGUCUGUAAUCCCGGCUUCGAGCUGGGGGCUGAUGGAAAGCAGUGCUACCGCAUCGAAAUGGAAAUUGUUGAUAGCUGCCAGGACAACAACGGUGGCUGCUCUCACCGCUGUGAACAUACAACUGUGGGUCCACGCUGCUCCUGCGACAACGGCUAUCGCCUCGAUUUUGGUGGCAAAACCUGCACAGAGCUGGACGAGUGUGAGACCGGAGAGUCCUGCUGCUCCCAGUUCUGCAUCAACUAUGUGGGCGGCUACGAGUGUGCCUGCAAGGCGGGGUUCCAGCUGAACGCCGAUGGCUGCUCCUGUGACGAUGUGGAUGAAUGUCAUCUUGAUAAUGGCAACUGCGACCAUUCCUGUGUUAAUUCUCUGGGGUCGUACGAAUGUGCGUGUAAGGAGGGUUACAGCCUUGGUGUUAACAGGCGGUCCUGCGUCGGUGGGGAGGACGCGGAUGCGGAGGAGGCAGCAGGGUUGGCAGGGGCUCCAGGGCUGCAGUUCCGAGGUCCCCCCCAGCUCCUUCGCUAUGCGCUCAGUUCCCUCUAUGAUGAUGAAGACCUGCGAGGAGAGCUCAGCCUGGUGCACAGGGUCGUUUGCCUUGAUAACACUUUUGGCAAUGACUGCAGCUUGAGCUGUGAGGAUUGUCUGAACGGAGGCAGAUGUAACAGUGAACACAGCGGCUGCGUUUGCUCCCCUGGGUGGACUGGUAUUAUCUGUAACGAAACUUGCUCUCCUGGGACAUACGGCAGAGGCUGUGCCAGCGUUUGCAAGUGCCAGAAUGGAGGCUCCUGCGACCCCGUGACGGGGCAGUGCCGCUGCCCGCCCGGCGUGCAUGGCAAGCUCUGUGAAGAUGGUUGCCCCAAAGGCCUCUUUGGGAAGAACUGUAACAAACCGUGCAACUGCGCCAACAACGGCUAUUGCCACAGACUCUAUGGAGCCUGCCUGUGCGACCCCGGGCUCUACGGGCGCUUCUGCCAUCUUACCUGUCCCAGGUGGGCCUUCGGAGCUGGCUGCUCGGAGGAGUGUCAGUGCGUGAAGGAGCACACGCUGGAAUGCAGCGCCAGGAACGGGACUUGCACCUGCAAGCCUGGUUAUCACGGCAAAAAGUGCCAGAAAGAGUGCACACCUGGCUUUUAUGGGGCUGGUUGCAAAUUGAGGUGCGACUGUCCUCCUGAUGUUUUGUGUGAUCAUGAGACAGGAGUCUGCAAGCAUCCAUGCCCACCUGGGUUUCAUGGAGAAAAAUGCCAUUUAUCUUGUCCACCUGGGAGCUUCGGGGUGAACUGCCAGCAGAGGUGCAGCUGCAGGGAAGCACCGUGCGACCCGAAGACGGGGCAGUGCAUGUGCCCAGCUGGGAAGACUGGUGCUACGUGUGAGCAAGCUUGCCCAGCCGACCGGUGGGGACCAGACUGCCAGUCCUUCUGUGAGCCCUGUGCCAACGGGGGCCAGUGCAACAGAGAAACUGGAGCCUGCGACUGUCCCCCUGGCUACACCGGGGCAUCCUGCUCUGCGCGAUGCCCCGAGGGAAGCUUUGGCCCAAGCUGCGAGUCCAGCUGUCAGUGCCAGAACGGAGCUGCCUGCGACCACGUGAGCGGAGCCUGUACUUGUGCAGCGGGCUGGACAGGAACGUUUUGUGAAAGAGCUUGUCCAGAUGGAUUCUUUGGGCUUGACUGCCACCAGGUGUGCAAGUGCAAGAAUGCUGCUGGAUGUGACCAUGUCUUGGGAACGUGCCGCUGCCUGCCUGGCUGGCUGGGAGAGACCUGCGAGCAGCCCUGCCAGGGGGAUAGCUACGGGCCAGGCUGCAGUAACGCUUGUCACUGUCACAAUGGAGCACUCUGUCAUCAUGAAACCGGGAUGUGCCUUUGUAGCCCGGGGUGGAAAGGAGCCACCUGCCAAGAAGCCUGUCUUCCUGGCUGGUAUGGUGCAAACUGUCUCCAGCGCUGUGUCUGCCACGGCCAGGCUACGUGUGACCGUGUGACAGGCGAGUGCCGGUGUCCCCAGGGUCGGACAGGGAUAACGUGUGAACUGGAGUGUGGGGAUGGGAGGCACGGAGAGCGCUGUGAGCAGAACUGUACCUGCCACCACGGGGUUUGUGACCAGAACUCGGGAAAAUGCAUCUGCCAUGCUGGCUGGACCGGAGACCACUGUGCUGUCGCUUGUGCCCCGGGAUUUUUCGGCAAGCAGUGCAAGGAGCAAUGUGACUGCGUGCACGGCGUGUCCUGCCACCGUCAAACUGGAGCAUGUCGCUGUGAAAAGGGAUGGCGAGGGAGGCACUGUGACAAACCUUGCUUGCCUGGACGCUACGGCGUGGGCUGUGCCCAGCGGUGCCGGUGUCCUGCAGGUAUCCCCUGCCAUCACCUGACGGGCGAGUGCGGCUGUCCUCCGGGAUUCACCGGCUAUGGCUGUGAGAAAA